AUGUGUUAUUGCAUAGCAAAACUGAUAUUCGUUGCUCUUCUAUCUUGUUCAUUUCUAUCAGUGAGUGAACAACAAUAUACUCCUGAUUGGACAUCACUCGAUGCACGCCCAUUACCCAGAUGGUAUGAUGAAAGUAAAAUAGGUAUCUUCAUUCAUUGGGGUUUGUACAGCGUUCCAGCUGUCUCUACCGAAUGGAUGUGGUGGUAUUGGCAAGGUACUAAUCCACAUGAGGACAUUAUAGCUUAUAUGAAGAAAAACUAUCCACCAGAUUGGACUUAUGCAAAUUUUGGUCCACAGUUUCGUGCGGAUCUCUUUGAUCCAAAUGAAUGGGCUGAUCUAUUUGCUGCUUCUGGUGCAAAGUACGUUGUUCUUACUAGCAAGCAUCAUGAAGGUUAUGCUAUGUGGCCAUCGACAUUUAAUUUUAAUUGGAACUCCAUGCAUGUUGGUCCAAAACGAAAUUUACUUGGAGAUCUAGCUGCAGCUAUUCGAAAUCGAACAAAUCUUGUCUUUGGUUUAUAUUAUUCAUUGUUUGAAUGGUUCAAUCCAGUCUAUCUACAAGAUAAAUCCAACAAUUUCACCACGCAAUACUUUCCACAGACGAAAGCACUGCCUGAACUCAGAGAACUCGUAGAAACAUACAAACCUGAAAUAGUCUGGUCUGAUGGCGAAUGGCAAGCACCUGAUACCUAUUGGAAGGCUGCUCAAUUUUUAGCUUGGCUCUACAAUGAAAGUCCUGUGAAAGACACUGUCGUUGUCAAUGAUCGAUGGGGUAGAGAUACUCCAUGUAAACAUGGCGAUUUCUAUACCUGUGCAGAUCGUUACAAUCCAGGAUAUUUAAUUGAGCAUAAAUGGGAAAAUGCUUUUACCAUCGACAAAAUAUCAUGGGGUUAUCGUCCUGCUGCUAAUAUAUAG